CCUGUCGGAUAGUGCAGUGCCUUACUGUAUCCAUCUACCGCUUGCGGCAAAGACGCUUGUUGUUAUUGUUUUGUCUGUGACAGUCUCUGGAAUGCGGCCUCUGGAAUGCUGCCUGUGGUUGGCCCGGCACACACCGGGCGUGACGGUUGUACGCUCGAGGGGCUGUCUCCGACUCUCGGUGGUUGGUGGACCGUGGGCUGGUCGCUGGUGGCAUCGUUCUCUUCGGAGGCUAGAAGCGGAACGUCAACGCCGGAUUGCGGGGAAACUCGAGAGUCAAGACUCAAGAGCCUCCCUGCCAUUCAGCUGCACGGUCCCUGCGGCGUCCGAUUCGCACCAGUCGUCACCGUCCUGCGCGCUUCACGCCGAUGCACGAUGGAUCCAAAUGGCUCUCCUCUGCUCUCAUCGCCUCUCUCCGCCUCUCGUCUCGUCUCGUCUCGUCUCCAUCUGCCACGCGCGCUGCUGCUGCUCCCCCCCUCUCCCGGGUCCUGGUCCUGCCAACUGCCAACCGCCAACUGCCGCAGUGCCUUCCUUCGCCCACUCCGCGGCCAUGGCCACCAGCAUCGACUCCAACCCGCCACCAUCUCGCACAGCCAGUCAGUCCGGCGACCGGUCAGUCCGACUCCCUGCUCUCGCGAUCCCCUGCUGCCUCCGAAGCGGCAUUCUAUGCUUCCUUGCCGCCUGCAGGCCCGAUCCCUGGCCGAUCGGACGGUUUUGCUGCGAUUUGUGGCUAGUCGCUCACAGCGAUGGUCCACCGCGGCUCAUGCUAUCAGUUGCUGCUAGCCCCCUUGCACUCUAGUCGCAUCCGCAAAAACUGCCCUAGGGACUUCCGUCAUGCUCUGCAUCCUCCACCUAUUCACACACCUGAUGCCUACAAACUUACAUACAAACCCUACUCUAUUCAGUGCUCUGCUCGAUAUAGCUACUAGUACAACGGCGACAAGCCUCCUCCAACUGCUCGCAUGUCG